GUUACUCUCAAUUUGGCAGCAUCGUGUGGUUGCCUCAACUGGUUUCUGGGAAAUGUGGUUCUCACGAUCUCGUGAAAAAACGAAAACAAAAAACGGACAAACAGCUGGCUGCCCGUGGUAACAACGCAUCGGAACGCAAAUGGAGAACCUUCUGUGGAGAAUAAUUUUUGCGUUUUUUCCAGCGUAUUUUUCACAAGUCAUGACUCAAUCGGUUACACCAGAUAUGCUUCUAAAUUAUGAAGAUAUAGUACGUCUGACUGACGAAAAGAGCAUUAUAUUGAUUGAUGUGAGGCAACCCAAUGAACUACAAGAAACAGGUGUUCUGCCCACAAGUAUUAAUAUUCCUUUAAAUAACCUGAAGACAACAUUGGAAUCCCUUUCUUCUGAAGAAUUUCAGAAAAAAUAUGGCAUUCCACUUCCAGAUAAAAAUGCACCUCUAGUGUUCACAUGUCGUUCUGGAAAUCGAAGUAUGAAAGCACUUCUCACAGCUCUGGAAUUAGGGUUCAAGAAUGCAAAACACUAUGCAGGAGGUUAUUUAGAUUGGGAAAAAAACAAAGGACUUUCAGAAAAAAAGGAAAAACACUAGCACAUUCAGAUGUUUGUAAUAAAAUAGUAUGUACUGUUAUUGCUAUUCACUGUGAAAAGUUCAGUUAUUGUAUUAGUGCAAUUUUCAAACAGAAAUUUAACCAUUAUAUGUGAAUUUUUAAAGAAUGCAUUUCAAAUUAUAUUUUUUUAAGCAAAGUAAAAAUAUUGCCAACCUUUUGAGUUGGUAAGCAGAUAGUGCUUUGUGCACAUUGUGUAAGAGAUGUUCCUUCAUUAGAAACACAUAAGCCUUGUAUGCUUUCCUCUUCCAACAGUAAAUCUUUUUUAUUAUACUAAUACAAACAAAAAAGUAUGAUGGACAUAAUUUUUUGUACUUGCAAGACAUAUUUUAUAAACUAUUUAUUUUUAAAUCACAAUACAAUAUUUAUAAAACGCUGUUAAGUGCACAUGAGCUUGUGAUUUCUGUUUGUGUUAUUGGGAAUUACUUGUGGAACCCACCCCUGUGGAAUCAGCCCUUCACAAGCUAUUUCUUGAUUAUUUUCUCUCACAUUCUAAACAGAAGACAAUAAUCUUUGUUUCUGAAGAACCUUCCAGGAUUUUAAAUGCUGACCUACAUUGACUUUGGUAAGUUUAAAACAUUACAUUGCUGUGCUCAGAAUGUAAUUUUUGAAAUUUGCAUAGUUACCUACACAUUACUGGUGUAAUAUUAAGCACUAAUUCAUUUUCAUAAGUUCUCACUAAGUUUCAUUAUUACAACUGGUCUCAAUCCUAAAUGUUUGAUGAACCAAUAAAUGGUAAUUUUCAAGUGAAACACAUAUGGGGGGAAAACUAUGGUAACUUGCCCCGGGCCUCAAUGAUUUUUUAUCUUCAUUCAAAAGAAAUACAAAUUGUAUCAAUAUCUAAUCCAAAUUUAAUGAUGUAAGUUAUUUCUGAUGAAUGGAGAAAUGAACUGUGUAUGAAUUGGGGAAGAGGGUAUAUUUUGUUUGAAAUGAAUAGCCCCAUGGACCUACUUCCCCAGGUCCCAGAUUUCUUGAAUAAAGAAAUACAUUUCUUGGUUUAAAAUUCCACAACUAAUAUUGUACUUGGUUUAAAUAAGGCAGUGCAAUAAACAACUCAAUCAUAAUAAAAUGAUCCCCCAUUUAUUAAACAACCUUAUGUUAAUCAAAGUCAUCUGUUUGAUAGAAAAGGAAUGAAUUCUAUAUAUUGUAAAAUGGAAGUAAUUGAAGUAAUUUUAUAUUCAUACUUGCAGCACUGCAAGAAAAUUUUUAAUGCCUAGUUGCAUUGCAUAUUGCAUUAAUCCGUAGACUCUUGUUUGGGGUCAUUUUUAACCUCCUGAACAAAUGUUUCACAACAUUAUGAAAAUUAUUCACAUGAACUUUUCCUUUGAGAUAUGGAAUUUACAUUGUUUUACAUAUGUUGUAAUCUUUUUAGUUUUCUUAGUUAGUUUCUUUGUAGGGAAUAAUUUGAUUUUUAUACAGUUGGAGUCAAAACUGCCACAUUUGACAUUAAAUUACAAGAAAAAUUCUAAAAACAUGUCCACUGCCAUUUCUUAACAUUAUGUAGUGGUUCCUGAGUGAUAAUUUGGUGUAUUUGUGUAUUAGAAAUGGUAGCCCUGUUUCAAACAUUCUCAGGCUUGUAAGAUAGAUGCCUAAGUAUAACAAUGAAGAUAUGCUGGAAUUUUAUUUUUGGAAAUACCAUUAUUCUUAGUUAUUUCAUGUAAUAUAGUCAAUAUAGC